CUGGGCCGCGGCCGCAGGCCCGCUUUCGCCUCGCACCCCGGACUCCGGGCUUUGGAAGUGGGGGCAUUCCUCUUCGCUUUCGCCUCGCACCCCAGACUCGGGCCUUGGAGGUGGGGGUCCUUCUUCUCCCUUUUCUCAACUCUUCAAAUCUUGGCAUCACAGGGUUGAACCGCGGGUACCGGAAGUGUGCCCUGCACCGGCGGGUCCCCCGCGAAUCGACGCCGGAAGUGGCCAUUGCCGGGGAAAGAUUCCGCCGGCUCCGCUAUGGCGGCCAUCCCGCCCGACUCCUGGCAGCCGCCCAACGUCUUCUUGGAGACCAGCAUGGGGACCAUCGUGCUGGAGCUGUAUUGGAAGCAUGCUCCGAAGACCUGCAAGAACUUCGCUGAGUUGGCUCGUCGAGGUUACUACAAUGGCACCAAAUUCCACAGAAUCAUCAAAGACUUCAUGGUCCAGGGCGGUGACCCAACGGGGACAGGCCGAGGUGGUGCGUCUAUCUAUGGCAAGCAGUUUGAGGAUGAACUUCAUCCAGAACUGAAAUUCACGGGGGCUGGAAUUCUCGCGAUGGCCAAUGCAGGGCCAGACACCAACGGCAGCCAGUUCUUCGUGACCCUGGCUCCCACCCAGUGGCUUGAUGGCAAACACACCAUUUUUGGCCGCGUGUGCCAGGGUAUCGGAAUGGUGAACCGAGUAGGAAUGGUGGAAACAAACUCCCAGGACCGCCCUGUGGACGAUGUGAAGAUCAUCAAGGCCUACCCUUCUGGGUAGUGGUGCUGCUCUCCAGGUCGGAAAUGGCCCGGUGGACCGGUUUCCAGGGGACCUAAAUGACACCUCUCUGAACCUCAUUCUGGCCUUGUGAAUCAUGCUGACCAGGAGGCUGGGAUCUCGGGUGAGUGAGAGGUGGAAGUGUGUUUAAUAGGCUUCUUGUCGCCCCUCCCUGGGCCUCGGUUGACAGCAUUUGCAGAACUGCCCAUACAUGAUCACAGGCUACUGCUCACUGCAGACGACCCUGUGCGCAUCUGCUCGAUACUCUGGCAACAAAAUGAAGCCAGCUGUGCCAUUUCAGUGUCCAACCAAACUUCCUUCUGCGAAGAUUUAUAUUCUGGCCCUCACUACAGUCUUCGGUGGCUGUUGGCCACAGAAUUCAAACCAGCAGUGCCUGUCAGCCCUCUGCACUCUGCGCUCCCUUUCCGUCUCCUACAUUUGUUCUUCCUCGGAAUGUCUGCAUCGCUAUAUAUAUUUCCCCUCAAAAGCAGAAUAUCAACACUGCUGUUCCUGACACUUAGACUUCCCACGCAAAGCCACAUUGGAUGUUUGCCAGAGGAGAAAUGUAUCCAACAAUCAAGUGUCUAAGAAGGUGUCAAGUUGGGAAUGCUAAUGUGUAAUAACCAAGAAAUGAAUUUACUAAAAGGGAGCAGAAGCGUUGACCAUUUUUUGCCCAGGAAGGAGUAGAAAUCUGUAAUGAGCCUAAGAAAAGACUAAGUUCUCAGAAAGGAGAAGUGCCACUACCUUUUUUAAAAAACCUAAGACUUCAGAGAAUAGAUUUUAUAUGCUAAGGGCUUUUUGGUUUUUGUUUUUUAAUCUUUCUGUAUUUUUUUAGAGGGGUUAUGAGAGAAAGGAAGUUAAUACCUGUGUGAUACAUAGAAACUGCCUAAAUAAAAUGCCAUUGAUGUUUGAAA